AUGGAAUUCGUCGGUAAAAAUCAUCCAAGCAUUCAAGAAGCUUUUGAACGGUUUUUCAAGACAAAAACAAUAGCGGAGCAAUGCACCAAGCAAUCUCUGAAGCAAUUACAUGGCGCUUUCUUGGCAACACAAAACAGCGAAAUGGACUGUUUUCAACUGCACGUCGCUUUCCGAGAGAUCCUCGAGAUAGAAAUGUCGCAGGACGAAUUCCAAAUCCUCUUCAAGAAAAUUGACGUGAAACGUGACGGCAAGGUGACGUGGGACGAAUUCAUCUCCUACCUGCUGAUAGAAUUUCAAGUCCAAGACAUCAGUCGGAAAUUGCGAAUGUUGGAAGUGCCGUUGACGAGCUUACCGAAGUUGUUGAGAACGCGUCAUCGCACCGCUGUCUGCAGAAUCGCGUUCUGCCCGGAAGUUCUGCCGGACAGAAGCACGAGUUUCCAAAGAGGCUGUUACCUGACCGUCAGCAGAGAAGGAACAAUCAAUUACUGGUCGUUAGAUCUCGAAUACGAGCGCACCGUGCAAUCCAAGAAUCCAUUCUUGAAGGUGCAAACCACCGCUAUAACCGACAUGAUCGUGAUGCCGGACAUCCAGGUGGUCUGCACGAGCUCGACGGAGUGCGACCUGAGGUUCUACGACGUCGCGGCGAAGAAGUUCGAUCUUCGUAUAUUGAUCGCCAGUUUGGAAAGCGCGGUCGUCUGUAUGCAUUACUACUUCAGCACGAACGUAAACGAACUUUCCUACAUCACCCUGGGCGAUACCAGCGGCUCCGUCAUGAUCAUGGCCUUCAGUUCCAUAGACAGAGGUCCCUUCAAGCAAUACACGGAGCGAGACUCGACGAUUCUUCGUUACGACGAAGUGAUCAGGGGUGAGCUGUCGGGGCUGCACGUGAUGGAAUUCAAGAGCAUACAUAGCAACUGGACGAGCCAAGUGGCCUACCACGGAAGUCUGCGGGCGUUCAUCUCGAGCAGCCAAUGCGACGAGUGCUCGCUAUGCGUUUGCGACCUGACGGGCACGUGGAGACGGUAUCACUUCAAAGUUCUCAUGGGAAUCUCCUGCUUCGCGCUUUGCGAAGAGAGUCACACGUUGGUGACGGGCGGACCGGACUGCAUGCUGCGCAUUUGGAACCCGUUUGUUCCCAAGAAGGCGAACGCCGUUCUCUCGGGACACCGUACUACCAUCUGCGCGUUGGUUAUACUGGACGCCGGCAAGCGGCUUUAUUCUCUGUCCAAGGACAGGUGCAUCAAAGUGUGGGACGUCCCGAGCCACAACUGCAUCCAGACGUAUAAUAAAUUACCGAGCGAACUGAGCGAGCACACUCCGAUGACGUUAGUCUUCAACACGCUGACCCGUACGAUGAUCAUCGCCAGUGUAAUGAUCGCCAUUCUCGUUUGCGAGCCGGUAAUUAAUGAAGAGACAUCGGACGGCCGCACGCACAGCAAAGGCGUUAGCUGCGUUCUUUACAAUCAACUUUACCGUGUGAUUGUCUCUACUGGAUUAGAUUCGCGCAUCAUCGUCUGGGACCCUUGGUUGGGGCGUUAUUUGCAAAUGAUGACGAGCGCUCAUAGCGUCGUACGAUACGGGCAACAUGUCGACAUCGAGAUCACGGCGGCAUGCUUCGACGAUACGGAACAGUUCUUGUUGACCGGCGCCAGAGACGGGUCGCUGAAGAUGUGGAACUUCAACACUGGCACUUGCAUACGUCACGCCACGAUGGACUACCAAUGCGAAGUAACGAACGUCGCUUGGUUCGAGCAUCGAAUUCUCUGCAGCGGCUGGAACAAGCAAGUCAUCGAAAUGGCAGCUACGGAGUCCGACGUGCGCAAGAAAUGGGGAACCGGCCACACCGACGACAUUCUGUGCUCGGCUCUGCGAUUUCCUCAUAUAUUAGCUACCGGAACGUACAACGGUGAAUUGAUUCUGUGGAGGCUUGAAACGGGUCAACACUUUAGAAAGUACCAAGUGACUGAUGUUGAUAGAAGGUGAUGUCGGGUUCGGUAUAUUUUGUCACGAACGAUAAUUAGCGCGGGAAAGCCGUACGCAAUGCCGUUAACAGCUAAAGAUCGACUGAUUCAACAGGUAUAUUAAAGCGACGGGAACGAGUGCGCUGAGCAA